UGGUAGGGUUGUGAAAAUAUUUUCCAAAGUUUUAGUGACAUUUGAAUGAAGCAGAAAUAAGUAGCCUAAGUGAAUUUUGUUUUCUCUUAUAAACAUUAAUGAGUAAAUAGCCGUGCUGAACAGGAAAGAAGAUAAUCUAUCGAAACACAAUGGCUGGUUUUACUGAUGCUGCAUUGGAAAAGAAAUUGACAGAUUUAAAUAAUUCACAGCAAAGUAUACAAACUCUGUCCUUGUGGCUCAUUCAUCAUCGAAAACACCAUAAAACUAUUGUGCAAGUAUGGUUUAAGGAACUGAAGAAAGCCAAGCCAAGUAGAAAAUUGACAUUUAUGUACUUAGCUAACGAUGUCAUUCAAAACAGCAAAAAGAAAGGACCCGAGUUUUCAAAGGAAUUCAGUACUGUAUUACACAAAGCAUUUGCUCACGUUUGUGAAUGUGUUACAGACGCCAAAACUAGAAGUGGUCUCGAAAGAAUUAUCAAUGUUUGGGGUGAAAGGAGUGUUUACGACAGCACAAUUAUUUCUGGACUCCGAGCUGCCAUGCAACUAAAGGGAGUUCCAAGCCCUGUGGAAGCCAAUAAGCCGGAUGUCCGAGAGAAAAUUAAAAGAAAAACUGCUGAAAGAAAGGUUAAAAUAUUUGAUGAGCCUCCUGCAAAAAAGAAACCCUCACCUAAAAUAGAGACAGCCAUCAUUCAAUCGCCACGUGGAGAUCCCCCAGAUGCUGAGGAUUUGAUAAAAGCACUUCAAGAUCUGGAAAACUCUCCUUCAACGGAUGCAGUGGUAAGAGAGAAAAUUGCAAGCCUUCCACCAGAAGUAUCUGACAUCACUCUUUUAGAUAAAAUACAAACUAAAGAAGGUGCUGAUAAGUUAUCUACCCAGGUGGAGGAGGCCCUAGCUAUUUUAACCGAUUAUAAUAGUCGUCUUACGAGUGAAUUGGAAGAGAGGAAACACAUCUCAAAGAUGCUGAGUGACUUCACACACUCACAAAGGGAGCAACUGGCUUUUGCAGAACGUAAAAUUGAAGAAUUUAAGGAUCAGCUGAAACGAGUUGCUGAGGUACGGAAUGAGCUGAAAUCUCAUCUUCAAAAUCUUCCUGACCUGACGCUGCUGCCGAGCGUCACAGGAGGGUUGGCACCCCUACCCUCUGCCGGAGAUCUCUUCCAAUAGAACUUUGUGAAGAUUAAAAAGAAAAUGUGUUCGGAGUGAAAAGGCAACCAGAGGAAUGGAAGCUUUUGGGAAGAUUUGUAUUGUUUGUCUGUAAAUAAAGAAAAGUAUUUAUUAAAACUAUUUUAUGAAC